AUGUGUUUGUGUUAUGGGGUGGGUGGGGUGGGUGAUGGGAGGUAUGGGGGGAAGGUGUUGGGUGAAUGGGGGGGAGGUGGGUGGGUGGUGGGAUUGGGAGGAUGGGUGGGGGUGGUGGGGUGGGAGUAUGGAGAUGGGGGGGGUGGUGGAGUAUGGGGAGGAUGGGGAUGGUGGGUGGGUGGAGUAUGGGAGAUGGUGGUGGUGGGUGAGAGUAUGGGAGAUGGUGGGUGGGUGGUGGGGAGUAUGGAGGAUGGGUGGUGGUGGUGGGAGGGAGAGUAUGGAGGAGGGUGGGUGGGUGGGUGGGAGUAUGGGAAGGAUGGGUGGGUUGGGUGGGUGGGAGGGGGAAGGGGAGUUGGUGGAGAGGGGAGGGGGGGUGGUGAGGGGGGGGGGAUAGGGGGGGGUGUAGGUGGGGGGUGUGGGGUGGGUUGGGGGGAAUUGGGUGGUGUUGUUUUUUGGGUGGGGGGUGGUUUGUGGGUUGGGUGUUGUUGUUUUUGGGUUGGGUGGGUGUGGGUAUGUGGAGUUUUUUGUGGUGGUUUGUUUUUGUGGUGGUUUGGGUUGUGGGUUGGUGUGGUGUGUGGUUGGUUGUGUGGGGUAGUUGUGUGUGGUGGUUUGUGUUGGGGUUGUGUUUUUUGGGGGUUUUUGGUGGGUGGUUGUGGUGGGGGUGUUAGAGUUGUGGUUUGGGUGUGGGUGUGUUUUUUUGUUUUUGUUGGGGGUGUUUGUGUUUUAUUUUGGGGGGGGGGGGGGGGGGGGGGGGGGGGGGGGGGUUGGUUUUUUUGUGGUUUGGUUGGUUGUUGUUUGUGUUUUGUUUUUUUGUUGUGGGGGGGGGGGUUGGUGGUGUUUGUGUGGUUUUUUGGGGGUUUUGUUGUGUUGGUUUUGGUGUUUUUUUUGGUGGUUUGUUGGUUGGUGGGGGUGUGGGGGUGUGGGGUUGUGUGGGGUGGGGGUGGGGGGUGGUGUGUUGGUGGGUUGUUUGGGUGGGGUUGUUGGGUUGGUGGGGGUGGGGUUUGGUGUUUGGGGGUUGUGUGGUGUUGGGGGGUGGGUGGGGGGUUUUGUGUGGGUGUGGUUGGGUGUUGGUGGUUUUGGUGGGUGGUGUUGGUGUGGUGGGGGGUGGUGUUUUGUGGGUGGGUGGUGUUUUUGUUUGUUUGUGUUUUUUUGUGUGUUGUGUUGGGUGUUUGGUUGGUGUGGUUUUGUGGGUUGGGUGGUGUGGGUGGUGGUGUUUGGUGUUGUGGGGGGUUGUGGGUGUGGGGUUGGGGUGGGUUGUUUGUUGUUGGGGGGGGGGUGGGGGUGGGGUGGGGGUGUGGGUUUGGUGUGUGGUGGGGGUGGGUUUGGGGGGGGUGGUGGUUGAGGGGUGUGUGGUGGGGGGGGGUGUGGGUGGGGGGGUGGGUGUGGGGGGGUGGUGUGUUGGUGGUGGUGGUGGGGGGGGGGGGGUGGGGGUGGUGGGGUUGGGGUGGGGGGGGGGGUGGUUGGUGGGGGGGGGGGGGGUGUGUGGUGGGGGGGGGUUGGGGUUGUGGUUGUUGGGGGGGGGGGGGGGGGGGUGGGUGGGGGUUGGGGGGUGUGUGUUUGUGGGUUGGGGGGGGUUUUGGUGGGUGUUGGGUGGGUGUGUGUGGGUGGGGGUGGGUUGUUGGUGGGGUUGUGGGGUGUGGGGUGUUUUGUGGGUGGUGGUGGUUUGUGGGGGGUGGUGGUUUUUUUUGGUGGUGGUGUGGGGUGGGGGUUGUGGUGUGUGUGUGUGGGGGGGGGGGUUGUGUGGUGGUGGUGGUUGGGGGGUGGGGGGUGUGGUGGGGGGGGGGGGUGUGGGUGGGUUGUGGGAGUUUGUGUGUGUGGGUGUGUUUGGUGGUGGUUGGGGGGGGGUGGGUUGGGGGGGGGGUGGGUUGGGGGUGGUGUGGUGGUUUGGGGUGGGUGGGGUUUGGUGGUGGUGUGGUGGGGUGUGUGGUGGGUGGGGUGGGGUGGUGGUGGGUGGUUUGGGGUUUGGGUUGGUGGGGGGGGUGGUGUGUUUGGGGGGUGUUGGGGGGUGGGUUGGGGGGGUUGUGGGGGUGUGGUGGUUGUGGUGUUUGGUGGUUUGGUUGGUUUUGGGGUGUGGGGGGGGUGGGGGUUGUGUGUAGUGUUUGUUGGGGGUUGGUUUUGGGUGUGGUGUGUUGGGUGUGGUUUGGGGGUGUUGAGGUGUAA